UACCACAUGUAAGUUUAAAAUGUAAAUGAAUGUAACUUAUUAAUCCACGUGUGGUGCGACAAAACCAGUCGUUAUUGCACGGUUGUUUUGUUUCAUAUACACCGCUUCGUGCCCUCUUUUUGAAGAACCGUUAAUUUUCCAGGGACAAAUUCGGCCAUAAUGUUAUAGCACGUAGCAGCGAAACACAGUGAAUCAGAAUAUGUACAGAUGACAGUGUUAAUAAUAAAAGCAUCAGAUCCAUUAUAUUAACAUAUAUAUAUGUGGCUAUAGCAAAGAUGCAUGCGCUCCAACUAUAGGGUCACGUCAAAUGUUUGGUGUUACAUGGAAUGCCAAUUUAUUUUGCAUGGUCCAGUGGUUAACUGUUAUUUUGCAUAAAAUAUGCAGCAAUAUUGUUUUAUUUGUAAGUAUUUUGUUCAGUUACCGAAAUGGUUGGAAAAGAAUGGCGAACUUUCUUUGGCAUCGGGUACAGUAGUUUCUACGCGCUUGGAUACAUGGUAAUGUCAGGGGUGGCUUAUAACUGGAGGAACUGGCAUGACAUCAUGUUGGUAUGUACUUUACUAAGUACACCAUUUGUGCUUUUCGCCAUCGUUUUACCGGAGUCGCCCCGUUGGUUAUUCACAAAGAAAAAAGACAAAGAAGGAGUUAAGGUGACAAAGUUACUGGCAAGGAUAAACAAAGUAACGCUCACCAAUGAAGAUUGGAAAGAAGCUAAACGACACAGAAUCGAACUAGAAGAACUAGAGAACGCUAAAAAAGGAACAUCAGAAAGAAAAUAUUCAAUAAUUGAUCUAUUUAGACAUCGUGAAACUUGUAUUAUUACCAUGAAAGUAAUGUUCAAUUGGUUCGUAACAAGUUUUGUAUACUAUGGAAUUUCCCUUAAUGCCGGUACCCUAGCUGGAAAUAUUUUUGUGAACAACACAUUAAAUGGUGUUAUGGAAAUAGGUUCAUACAUUUUCUGUAUUUUAUUAUUGGAUCGAGUAGGACGACGAAUUUUACUUUCGGGGAUGAUGUGCCUAUCUGGCAUUGGUCUUAUUAUAAGUCUUGUUGUUAAAGAGUAUAAAGGCAGUGAACCAGGUUUCGAAACUUUAAGUUUGGUGUUCGCGUUUGUAGCAAUGAUUGGCAUCUCUGGUUGUUCCGCUAUCACACUUAUCUUUACAUGUGAGUUAUACCCUACUGUGGUAAGGAGCAUUGGUGUUGGAGUGGGAUCAAUAAUGGCGCGUAUUGGUGGAAUGACUGUGCCAUUUUUGAUCGCAUUGCAAGAUGAUGUCACAUGGUUGCCAAACGCUAUUUUCGGAGUAUCUGCCUUAUUGACGGGACUGGCAUCCUUAACUUUCCCGGAGACGAACGGUCACAAAAUGAUGGAAACAAUUGAAGAAGCCGAGAUAUUUUAUAAAACAGGAAAAAUAAAUAGCGAAGAAGAAAGUUUAUCUAGGUGUUCUAAUGACGUUGGUGUGGCGGAAAACAACGUCGGUCAUGACAACGCUGGAUUUUCAUCUAUCGAGGAAAACGAGUCAAAAACUACACAAUUGUAAUCCGCCCAAAAAUGUAACAGAAUUAGAAUAUUCUAACUUUUUUCUGAAGGUUUUUGUUUAUAACUACUGAGUUUGUUUCGUUUCUUAUUCCACCCAACACUCCUCAAGUAGUGCUAUUUUAAUACCCCACAACAAAUAUGCAAGACAGAUGGGAUUCAGCAAUCAGAAAACCAAAGAAAAUGGCCAACAGCCGCUAAAUAGUAAAUGAAAUCUAUUUAAAACAUAAAGCCAAAAAUAAAUGCGGCCGAUAAAAUGUGAGUUGAACGCCCAACAAUAUGAAGGAGUGCCAAACCUGGCAACCAACAAAGCACAACAAAAUGUACGAAUCAAACCAAAACAAAACCCCGGGAUACAAAAAGCUCAAGAACCAAACUAGAAAUACAACGAUGCAACAUCACAUACCAACAUGAACAACCCAUAAAGUGAGAUGCAAACUUCAACUGCAGACAAACACUAAACUUCCGGGCGAGAAACCCAGGAUAAAAAAGAAUCUAAGAAUUCAUUUCUCAGUGUUUGUUUUGUAACAAAACUUGCUGAAAAUCUACUUUCUUUGUUUCAUUCUUUCUCCUGAGGGCGCAAAAUUCCUCUAAAUUUCGCAAGAAUUCCCACGCUUAAUUUUUGCGUUGAUUUCAUAAUUUAAUCAUUACAAGUGGCAAGUGCCCAGUGUUUCCAACUAAAAA